AUGGAACGGCGAUUUGACACCGCGGGCCAUGCUCUUACACAACAACGCCGGAAAAGAAGGCAGCAGUUGGUUGUGUCAUCUCAACAGGAGGGGGAGCUGCCUGUGAUUCUCGACUUUUGGAUCGGACCCAGAGGCAAGAAGCUAGAAAAGAUCAUCACAGUUCGGCAUCACUUGCAGCCUCGUAUGAUCCUUGGGUUCGAUGAUUUCAUUCUGCAUGAUUUAUUUCCUGCCAUUCCAGAGACACUGUAUCGAUAUGAACCCCGGGAGAAGGAUAUCCUUAUUCUCGCCGCUGAAGUCGAAAAGAGCAAGACCCCAGUCGCCUACAGUGCGUGUUUGGACUACCGUCAGGAUAGCGAAGAUCUCUAUAUUGCGCUUUCUCGUCACAAUCGCCCGGGAAGGAAAGACAUUCAUAUGUCUGUUGUUAUUUGGCGUGAUCCCCCAACUCAGGUCAUCAAAAAGGAGCCAGCUUUUAUCAGGGGUGGGCCAGCUUCUAUCAGGAAUGAGCCAGCUCCUAUCAGGAAAGAGCCAGCUUUCAUAAAGCAGGAGCCGGUCUUUAUCAAGCAGGAGCCGGUCUUUAUCAAGCAGGAGCCUUGA